AUGCCAAAAAAGGAAAAAUCGGCUUUUUGCACUUUUGGGCUCCUAGCACAUCGUAGAGUUAACGGAUCGAAAUAGUGUUUGAAGUUUGAUGAGGACGGGAUUGUUGCAACAAUCAAUGCUCACAAUAAGCUGAGGUCAAAGCUCGCAAUGGGAAAAUUGGUAUUGAAAGGUUCGCCAGUGCCAUCCGCGAAAAAUAUGAUCAAAAUCAAGUGGAGUAAUGUCCUGGGUGAGAAAUCGCAAAAAUACGCCGAUAGUUGUCCUACAAAUCAUUCGCGCCAUGCCAAAUUUGGAGAAAACAUGUACUGGCACACUACUAACAAAUUGGCCAGCACACAGAGCUACGGGAGAAUCGCUGCCGAAAGCUGGUGGCAUGAGUUCGAAGUCUAUGGAUUGUCAUCGAUCACAUAUAGCGGAAAAAAACAGAAAACCACGUUGGGUCAUGCAAUUCAAAUGGCUUGGCAUGGAACACAAUUCGUCGGAUGCGGUUUGAAUAUUUGUGACGAGAAUCAAUUCAACAAAACAAUGCUUGUUGUGUGCCGCUAUUAUCCAAUGGGGAAUAUCGAAUCCGAAACAAUAUUCGAAGAAGGAGAAACUUGCAGCAAUUGUCCGAAAACUCAUCCAGAUUGUGAAAAUGGACUUUGCCAAAAAUCUCAAUAA